AUGCGGCGCGGCGUCGACCUCGCCGUGAUCCCCGGCGGCAUCGACGAGGUCGUGCUCGCGGACCCCGUCCACGAGCGCGUGUUCCUCAAGCGGCGCUUCGGCUUCGUGAAGCUCGCGCUCGAGCACGGCUACGACCUCGUGCCCGUCUACCACCUCGGCGAAUCCCAGAUGUACGGCAUGCUGCCCCUCCAGCGCUGGGGGCCGAUCCUGCGGUGCCGCCUCUGGAUGACGAAGCGGUUCUCGCUCCCCUUCGGCUUCGGCGUCGGGUGUUGGUAUUGCCCCGUGCUCCCGCGGCGCGUGCCCUGCGUGAGCGCCGUCGGCGACCCCGUCGUCCUGCCGAAGAUCGACAGCCCGACGAUGGCCGACGUCGCCAAGUACCACGCCCGCUACGUCGAGGCCCUCGUCGCGACCUACAACGAGCACCGCCACCUGCUCCCCGCGUACGCGGGCAAGGACCUCGAGGUCUGGUGA